GCUAAAAUUAAAUAGUACCACUUGCUGUAGGCGGUGGCUCUAACGGCCCACUGUGAGAAGCAUUUCUGGAGAAUUUUUAUCUCCUGUCAUUUCAUUCUUCUACGACAGCUGCAAAUCCUUUCUUUUAAACAGGAGACAUUCAUGACACCGUGUAUUAGUGGAAACUGUAAACAUAAGUCGCGAUGUGUCCACUGUCUACAUAGAAGUGCAUCGGAUCAACUAGACCUUCCACAAGCAAGGAUGUACUGUUCGUAGGAAUGCUUUUUGGAUAUUACUAUGGCACUGAAUACGCACAAAGGAUUAUCGGAAUCACAAGUUAAUGAGUUGAAGACGGCAUUUUCGAUGCUGGAUAAAAACCAAGAUGGACGUGUUAACCUCAGCGAAAUGAAACACAUGCUAUCGAGUUUAGGAAUCCGAAUAGAAGACAGCAUAGUGGAGGCUCUCAUGAAACAAGCCAGUGAAAGAGACGAUGGCCUUGUCAGUGAAGAGGAGUUUCUGAGAUGGAUGGCGUCUCAGGAAGAGAUAGGAGGUCAGGAGGACGACUUAAUGGACGACUUGCUGGCUGCAUUUCGAGUGUUUGAUAAGGAUGGAAACGGGUACAUAACCAAAGACGAGCUUAAAAUGGCCAUGGAUCUAAUUGGUGAACCCGUCACGGAAGCUCAGCUUGAUGACAUGCUGAAAGCCAUAGAUAUAGAUCACGAUGGCCGUAUCAAUUAUGAAGAAUUUGUGAAAAUACUUCUUUGAAAAAAAAUGGCCGUCGAGCUCCAUCAUGAGACAGAAACAUUCGCGUCACAAUGCACAUAACAUCUCUGGGACAUAAACUGAUAUAUUGUUUUGUGAUAAAAUGUGCACGUGUAUUUCAAAAUACCUUUUAUUUAUUUAUAGUGGCUUGGAGAAAAAAAAUGAGGCUUUUCUUCGAGAAAAAAUAAUUGUGUAUAUAUUGUCAAAACUUUUAAGUAUUAUUUUUCGUAAAAUAUCGGCACGAGUGUGCUAAGAGUUUAAAAAAAUAUUUAUUGUCAAUGGAAAGUUACAGUCAGUUAGUCCUGUUUUUGGAGCUUUGUUUGCUUAGAUAUUUACAGAGAAAAAAAUUACUAAAGCUUUUGUUGGAUAUUUUUAUAUUUAAGUAUUAAUAUAGAUACUUAUAGAUAUCUAUUCAAUUGCUUAGACUUAUUUUAAAGUAUUAGCCAACUGGUGAAUUAAAUAUUUAGUGGAGUCAUACCUACUUAUACUGCAAAAGAGAAUUAUUUCUUCAAUAACAGGAAAACAAAAUAAGGUUAUUUAAUAUAUGAUGAAUGAAAUCAAAUCAACAAUUUGAUAGAAAAAUAAUUCAAAAUGUUCUAAUUCCUAUAAUUAAAGUGUGCAUUUGAUUUUUUCAUUUAAAUGAGUGUUGAGGAUAAAGUUCGGAAAUUAGUAUUACUUUAUAUUUAUGUAGACAAUUUUCAUAAUAGCAAGCACUUUCGUGCAUUUGCGAGAACUGAGUAACAUAUUUAAAUAAGUUUCUUAUUUCCAUUCUGCCUGUAAAUUAGGAAGACUAUUUACAGGCUUACUAUUGCUCUAUUUGUAUCAUUUUAUAGUUAAGUAGAAAGCUCGGCGACAUGCGUUCAACUCCUUGGUAACGUCAGAUUCACCAACAAAUUAGAUGUCAUGUAAUAUUUAUUGAAAAUGAUAUAAUUUUGAAAUAUUUAUUGAAAAUUUUUAAAUAUUCCUUCUUUAUGACAGAACAUAGUUCAUAUCUUCGACAACCAAUUAUGUCACUACUUUGAAGAGAAUUCAAGAACAAACAAGGGGGAACUAGUUGGUUUCAAUAAAUUAUAUGAACAAAAAUAAUUUCUCGUUUUUGUAAAAUGAUAAUCGUCUUUCUAAUUUCAGUAAUAAAAAUUAACUGUGAUGAAAAUACACCAUUAAAAUUAUUUUUAAGAAUCUCGACUUAUUUGAGUCGAGGAGGAGGGAGAACCCUUAUUUUUCCCUUUGUUGUUAACUUCUAAAAAUCUAUUCAGUGUCACAAUUUUUUUUCGUUAAAUCAUCUUGAAAGAGAUUUAAUAUUCCGAAUAAUAUUAUAAUCACGAAUUUUCUUUUUGUAGUUGCCGGUACAGUUUUUAUGCGAUCAGGAAUACAAUACAUAUCAGAAAGCUUAAAAGCUGAAGUAUCAUUAUCGUAUAUAUUUCAAAACGUUUUAUUAGGAUGCAGUUAUGCAAUCGGGUAUCAUAUGCCAUUUGAUGAAUUUUAGGUUCGUUAUUGCAAAACUUGCAAUCAACAAUAUGUCAUCUACAAGUUGCAGAAGUUGGCUAACUAGAGUUUGUCAACACAAAAAGAAAAAUAAAUGGCUAAAUUUUUUUCGAACUUAUGAAAACGGUUAUAUGUCAAAGCAUUUUUUUUAAAAUUUGCUCUCGAUUGCGUAACUGCGUUUAUUUAUCACAAAAGAAGCGCCUACUGACGAAUAUAUCUAUCAACUUCAAAACUAUGUUUCAUUUUUUUCUGUAAAAAGUUUGGAUUUUUAUGGUUGCAUUUUCAACUACGACUGCUUGUGACUGACAUUUUUGAUACUGUAUAUUUGAUUUCAACUUGUAGAUAAUUUUUGCAUAAUAAAAACUAUUGCCUUA